AUGAAUUGCACUCAUUCUAAACCUACAAAUCAAUAUCCUAUUUAACAUCAUGAACUAUAAUAAUAAAUGUAUCCCUCUUAUCCAAUUCUAGAUUACACUUACAUUAACAUUAAAAGAUUUGUUAAAACUCUGGAAAAUAUUUAGAAGCAGAUGUAGCCAAAAAUAAAUUAAAUUAAUUGAAAAAAAUCUCAGAUGUUUAAGAUAAACGUUAUCUUGUUGAUAAAUAUUCAGAAGAAAAAGACAUCAUUGACAAAGCUCAUUUUAAUGAAUUUUAUUAAUUUAAUACUUUUUGGGAUGAAAAAAUGAAGUAAUUCAAUUCUGAAGCUAAAGAUGCCAAAGAUUAAAUAUUAUCUAGACAUUAAAAUGAAUUAACAUCUUUUCUUGAAGAAUUAGAUCAUGCUAUUCCACUAAAACCAAAAGAUUCUGCUUAAUUAUUAAAAUUAAGAAAAACAGAACAAUAAUUGGCUAAGAUAGAGUAGUAAGCACACUUCUAUUUCAUUUAAGGUACAAAGAAGCUCAUAUUAUCUAAUAGAGAAUAUUGGAUUUAUAAAAACAAGAAUUUGAUAAAUGGAAUAUCACUAGGUAAAAUAAAAUUAAGAAUCUGAUUUCAUAAUUAAGAUAGAAGUAAAUUAUUGAAUUGAAUGCAUUAUAAUAACGAAUUCUUUCAGUCUAAGAAGAGUUAAGCAAAAAUAAAUCUUAAGAACUAUAAAUGUAUGUAUUAAUAUAAUAUUUAGAAUGCUAUCUAAAUAUUAACAUAUUAGAAAAGAAUUAGAAAAUUAAUAAAAUUAAGAAAUCAAUCGACUUGAAAAAUCAAUUAAAAAUUAAUCUACUAUGUCUAAAAUGAAUUCAUAAAUGAAAAAAACAUUAGAUGAAAAUUAUAAUCUCAAAUGA